AUGCAAACACCCUUAAACACUUUUAACCCAGACUUUUUAUUUUUCGACAACCCGUCAGACCCAACUUUUUUUAACGUGCCUUCAAAGCUCGACUUUAUUCAGAACAACAACUCUUCUACCUUUAUUAAGCCUCCUAUCCCUAUUCCCCUUUCUUCUACCUUUAACCCCCCUCUUAUCAACCGACAUGUCCUCGAUCAAUCCUCUCAACCCACGCAAGCCCAAGGCUUUGUUGGCCAGUUUGGCUCCGUCAAUCCUAUUGAUGGAUCCGUGUUGUCCCAACAGCCUUUAAGUGGUCUCGAUUGCUCUGGAUGGUUCACCCCUUCCCUUUCAACCGAGGCUAGCUCUGCCUCUGCCUCUGCCCUUACCCAUGCCCCUGCCUCUGCCUCAGCAACUAUGACCAAAGGCGACGCUUCUGGUUUUGACCACCUGUCGCCCUUCGAUGAGGUUUGCGCCUCUGCCCUCAACACGCCCUAUGCGCCCUACCUUGACACGCCGGACCAAACCCCAACUCAGACCCCCCUGUUUGAUUCUGUGGCCUCUGAAGACCUGUGCUUGCUCCAACUCGAUGAUCUCUGGACCCCUUCCGCUGUCGCCAAUGACACUGGUUUUGCCCAGACUUCGUCGACCUUGGACUUUGAUCUGUCCUUUAUUUCAUCCUCCGCCUCUGCCCCCUUGUCCUCGACGACCCAGUCCGGACAGGCUGCUCAGGAUGAUGUUCAGGUCAAUGCACGUCUUCAAGCCGAAAACGCCUUGCUCGACUUUGUUCUCUUUGACGAUAUCGCUUUCCCAAGCCCUAUCUCGACCUUUUCGACCCCCAUGACAACCACUCUUACCUCGCCCUCUUCCGCCAAUUCAAAGGAUUUCGAGACCAACGAGCUCGCUAUGCAACUCGUUGCCGCGGCUGCUGCCAGCAUGUCCAGCCAAUCGACCCUGACCAGCACCCCGACGUCGCCCCUGACGAUCGACACUUCUGACGUCCUUGGAAGCCUCUUCUCUGAUGUCGACCUCUCUCCCAUCAUGGAGACGACCACCACUUCUCCCACUGCCACUGCCACUGCCACUACCGCUGCCCCCCUCUUCAGCUCAGACUUUGUCUUGGACUGUGCAGCCAACGCGGUUAAUUCAUUUUCGUUCGACUCUGGCAACGAUGGAUUCGAGAUCCAGCCUUCUCCUAUGAUCUCUUUAGGAACGACCUCUCCUCCAAUGGACAUGAACAUCUUUUUCUCUCUCUGCAGUCAGCAACAACAACAACAGCAACAGCAACAAUUGGCGUCCCUGUUCCCUUCGCCCUUGCUGUCUGCUGCUGCUGCUGCGUCCGCACUUUCCCAGACUGCUACCUCCGCCGAGAACCCCUUGAAGCGCAAGGCGGAUGAGGUGCAGCAAGCCGGUGAGGAGUCUCCUCGCCAGUUUGUCUGCGCCGUUUGCGGUCGCGCCUUCUCUCGUCUCUUCAACCUCAACACCCACGAGCGCACUCACGACCGGAGUAAGGCCCGACUCUUUGCUUGCCCUGAACAAGGGUGCACCAAGACGUUUACCCGGCGCAACGAUUGCCAGCGUCACCAGAUCUCGAUCCACAAGGUCACCGACAUCUACAGCUGCAACAAGUGCUCCAAACGUUUCUCAAGUCGCGAAGAGUUGCGUAGCCAUACGGACCGCAAUUGCCAGGAGGACCAUUAG